GUCGUGAGCUACGUGCAGAGUUCACAUCUACCACCAAAAAUCUCACUCGCCCAUCCCAUGAAGACGUAACCUAUAUCAAGAGCGCGCACAGCUCACUACAGUCUCAAGCGACCUGGGGAGCGAAUUUAGUUUCUGUUUUACGAGCAUCCGAGAACUUACAGCCUGCGAUGCUUGUGCUUACACGAUUAUUGAUUUGUUAAUAAUGCGCACGGAUUUAUGCACAUUUAAAGACGUGAUUGAUUUAUUUAUGGUCGGUUGUUAGAGGAAGGUAGAAGGUGCAUAAUAUUGCGGAUGCGCUGAAAUUGAGCUCUUUUCAUCUGUUUGCGUUUGUGAUCGAGCAGAAGGGAGGAGUGGCGGAGAAACGGCUGGCUCCUGAAUUCUGAAUCCUGCCUAAAAUCCACAAAGAUGCUAUAUCUGCCAGUGUUAUCCAUGACCUCAGAUUUACAACAUUACAGUUUCAGGAUGCCGAAUAUAGGGUUCCAGAACCUUCCCCUCAAUAUCUACAUUGUCGUCUUUGGGACGGCCAUUUUCGUCUUCAUCCUCAGCCUACUCUUCUGCUGCUACCUGAUUCGGUUACGGCACCAGGCUCACAAAGAGCUCUAUGCAUACAAGCAGGUUAUUCAAAAGGAAAAGGUCAAAGAAUUAAACUUGCAUGAGAUUUGUGCUGUGUGUUUGGAGGAAUUCAAGCAGAAAGAUGAGUUGGGAAUCUGCCCAUGUAAACAUGCCUUUCACAGAAAGUGCCUUAUUAAAUGGCUGGAGGUGAGGAAGGUUUGCCCGCUCUGCAACAUGCCCGUCUUGCAGCUGGCGCAGCAGCAGAGCAUGUCCGAAUCUGUGCCCCCAUCGCAGCAGCCUCUGCCCGGAGUGGAGAACCUGGUGUAGCCCCUCCUGUUUCUCCUAAAAAUCUGACCACCACUACCUUCACACUCACUCCUGUACAGGUACACAUUCAUAUCCAAGGACAGAGUGCAGGAUUUGUGCCUGGAGCCACGGUGACCUGUGACCUGCAUAUGUUCAUGUCCUGCCUUGGUGGCUUUACAAAGGAUUUUUUUUUUUUCAAAUUACUGUCUGAUAAUGACGAAGAAUUGAAUUUACAUGGCCAAGCCAUGUUUAAAGUAAGCGUUCCACACCAAAGCACUUUUUUGAGGACACCAGUGAGAGGCAAAUAAAAGACAAGGACUAAAAAAAAAAACAUAACAUUAAAACCCCUUUAAACUUCUUUUUUAACUAAAGUUUUUUUUUUUUUUUAACAAGCACUUUACACACAACUCAAACCUAGUUGCUUGUGAUAGUAGCAAGAUCUUGUUUUAUAUUUUAUGAUUUCAAACUUUUUUAGAGCCACAGAGCAAACCAUUUUUUUUUUUUUUUUUUCAUUAGAGAGGGUUACGUUUAUACUGUAUAUUAAAGGGACAGCAGCUCUCCAAUGUGUAUAUGUUUGUUAGCGUGAGUGUUUAUGUAUUAACAGUCAGUGGAAUGGCUGUUUCCGUAGAUACUUUUCAUUGUGACCUUUAGCUGGUGGCCAAAACAAAUGUGAAUGCAGAGUUUGUCUUAUUAAGGUCAGGAUGUGACCCAGCAGUAUUUGAUCUGUGUUCUGUGAAUGUCUUCAUAUUUGUAAUGCUUUUUUAACUGAGGGCUGUGUUAAAUAAACACACACACACACACACACACACACACACACACACACACACACACACACACACACAUCUAUACCUUUUAGGUUCAAGGCCAUAUUUGAUGGGAAUUUGUAACCAAAAAGGCUGAAGCAAAAGAAGAACCACCAAUGGUCUAAUACACAUUAUUGUCUAAAUAACAUAAACAUUAUAUACUUAUUUCAUUUUUAGAUGCAAAACCUAUUAUGUUGGCCCGCACUUACUGCUCUAAACCCCUUCUGUUUCCACUAACUCUUCCAAGUAUUAGUCAGUUUCUGGCUUGGUUUUUUGCAUCCCUGACUUCGGCUUUGAGUUUUGCAGAUGUGUUAUAGAGUUAAUGGAAAUAAGUGCAAAUUAAAUAAGGCGUUUUAAUCAAAUUUAAACUGAACAAAAUGUCCCAAAGUGUUGUUUGUCUUUUUAUAAAUUAUUAUUGCAUAAAUCUGGGGUUUUAUGCCUUAGGUACUGUUGAGUAUUAUAUUCUCUUAGUUAUUACAUAUCUCCCAUGAAGCUUUGGCUCUGUGCAAAGCAGCCAGUGUGUGUGUGUCUGCGUGUGUUCAUACUGACUCUCAUAUUGUGCUGCAUUGCUUACUGAAAAUAUGCUUGGCAUAAAGCUCAGAUCUGUCUCCAACAAAAAAUAUUAAUAAAUGAAAUGAUGCUGAGGCAAACCAGACUAGACAGGCUACAGAAACAAACUCAGAUUUGACCUGAAGUUGCAGACACAAUCUAGUCUAGUAUCAUUCCAGCAUCUUUCCGUGAAUGUCUCCAGCACAACACAGAAUCCUCAGCCAUUAAGAUCAAUGACCAGCAGGUGGAUUCAGUCAGCAGGAAAAGCCAUUCUUUAUUCUCUGUAAUAUAAUAGAAGCUCUGGCUCUUUCCUGCUCUAUUAUACAGCUAUUUUGCAGGGUCAUCCCACCAAUCUGCUAUAGGGUCAGGCUGGGUCUCUGUGCCCUCCAUGUUAAGCCAUUCUAGAAAGGAAAUAUGAACAUUAUUAUCUAUAUGGGCUGGCCACAACACCAGAAAUGAUACCAGAUGUUAAUACCUUAUUUUGAUGCCAAGUAGAAUUAUCUGACACAAGUAAUGUUUUAUCUUAUCCCAAACUAAAUCAGCACUGGUUUGGUUUAAAGUGCUGUCUGAUCAUGGAUCGAAUUGUGUACUACUCAUUCAUUGCCAAGAAAACUGUCCACCAUGUUCUGCAAUGUAUCUUUGUGUUUUUAAGCUAGAUUCAGAUUGUGAAUUAAAUUGAGCUUAUUUAAUUGUAUUAUUUAUUUUUAUUUACUUUUUUCAUUUGCAUUUGCUCAGUGUAUGAAGAAAUUAAAUGAAGUGUCUUUC